AUGGUCAAUACCUUAAUUCCAAUCAUUAGGAGUAGAUGCUUCACCAAGGGAAGAGUCACUUUCAGUGACCGAGGAUGGAGAGAGAACAAACUGCGCAUCCAAAAUGGCUGGCUGUGCCACUUGGCACCGGAGAUCAUCCACCAGCUGUCACCGGAAACGGAAGAAGACAAAUUACCUUUCUCCAAGAAUUCAGAUGUCUUUGCAUUUGGAACCAUCUGGUUUGAACUGUACGCCCGGGAAUGGCCUUUCAAGACCCAACCAGCUGAGGCAAUAAUUUGGCAAGUGGGCCGAGGGAUGAAGCCGAACCUCAGCCAGAUCGGCAUGGGGAAGGAGAUUUCAGACAUCCUCCUCUUCUGCUGGGCCUACGAGCAGGAGGAGCGACCCACUUUCACCAAACUCAUGGAGAUGCUGGAGAAACUGCCAAAGCGGAACCGCCGCCUGUCUCACCCCGGCCACUUCUGGAAGUCAGCAGAGCUGUGAAUCAGAGGAUUGGUGCCUUUCUUACAUCCCUCUUCCUUCCCCUUCUCCAAUCCCUCCGUCCUUGUCCACAGACUGGAAAGGUACGGCCAACUUGGAAGUGUUUCCGGCAUCAGAGAGGUGCUGAUCUCAUCCUGCCCUUUAAAGCAACAGACCUGAGGCCUGGACAGCAAGCCCAGUCUCGUGGGGGGGCGGGGGAAGAAGAAUGGACGGUUCUUUGGUGUGGAUGGAAUGUCAGACGGAGAACAGGAAGCAGAUCAGAGGCUGAACGGUAGCCCGCCCCCCCUGCUCAUCGGUCUGGAAACAUCUGAUGGCAACCAGCCCUGAGAUUAUGUUCCCACGGGAAUAUCUGAGGGCAACUGUGAGCUACCCUUAGAAGCCAUUUUGCAUUAGUGGAUGCUGAUAUUUCUCUCUCUCUCUCUCUCUCUCUCUCUCUCUCUCUCUCUCUCUCUCUCUCUCUCUCUUUUUCUUUUUUUGUAUGGUUCUCUUUGGUUGCUUCCCUUGGACUUCCUGUUUCAUUGCCUGCCCCGUGGAGAAAGGAGAAGGCUGUUUCAGCAGCAUCGGGGAGGAGGGUGACUUUUUAACAGGACGCCACAGAGGUGCUCUUAGAUCGUCCCAAGGGUGCUUUUUCAAAAAGGCAACUUGGAUUUCCUUUGCUUGUUUGUGCUUUUCCCCC